GGAGCAGAAGCCCUUGGACGUUGACAUCCGCGAGUGGUACCAGCAGCACGGCAAAGAGCAGCAGCACGACAAAAAGCAGCAGCCCUUGGACGUCGACAUCCGCGAGUGGUCCCAGUGGCACGGCAGAGAGCAGCACGACAGAGAGCAGCAGCCCUUGUACGUUGACAUCCGCGAGUGGUCCCAGUGGCACGGCAGAGAGCAGCACGACAGAGAGCAGCAGCCCUUGUACGUUGACAUCCGCGAAAGGUCCCCGCAGCACGACAGAGAGCAGCCCGACCCGGAGCAGCGCGACGGAGAGGAGCAGCCCUUGGACGUGGACAUCCGCGAGCGGUCCCAGCAGCACGGCAGAGAGCAGCACGACCCGGACCAGCGCGACAGAGAGCAGCAGCCCUUGGACGUUGACAUCCGCGAGUGGUGCCAGAACAUCGGCAGAGAGCAGCACGACCCGGGGCAGCACGACAGAGAGCAGCAGCCCUCGGACGCUGACACCCGCGAGUGGUCCCAGCAGCACGGCAGAGAGCAGCACGACCCGGAGCAGCACGACAGAGAGCAGCAGCCCUUGGACGUUCACAUCCGCGAAAAGUCCCAGCAGCACGGCAGCGAGCGACACGAUCCGGAGCAGCACGACAGAGAGCAGCAGCCCUCGGACGUAGACACCCGCGAGUGGUCCCAGCAGCACGGCAAGGUGCAGCACGACCCGGAGCAGCACGACAGAGAGCAGCAGCCCUUGGACAUUGGCGUCCGCGAGCGGUCCCAGCAGCACGGCAGAGAGCGGCACGACCCGGAGCAACACGACAGAGAGCAGCAGCCCUUGGACGUUGACAUCCGCGGGUUGUCCCCGCAGCUCGGCAGAGAGCAGCACGAGCCGCAGCAGCGUUUGGACGUGGACAUCCGCGAGUGCUCCCAACAGCUCGGCAGAGAGCAGCACGACCCGGACCAGCGCGGCAGAGAGCAGCAGCCCUCGGACGUUGAGAUCCGCGAGUGGUCCCAGCAGCACGGCAGGGAACGGCACGACCCGCAGCAGCACGACAGAGAUCAGCAGCCCUUGGACGUUGACAUCCGCGAGUGGUCCCAGCAGCGCGGCAGAGAGCAGCACGACCCGGAGCAGCACGACAGAGAGCAGCAGCCCUUGGACGUAGACACCCGCGAGUGGUCCCAGCAGCACGGCAGAGUGCAGCACGACCCGGAGCAGCACGACAGAGUGCAGCAGCAACCCGUGGGAGUUGACAUUCGCGAAUGGUCCCAGCAGCACGGCAGAGAGCGGCACGACCUGGAGCAGCACGACAGAAAGUUGCAGCCCUUGGACGUCGACAUCCGCGAGUGGUCCCAGCAGCACGGCAGAGAGCAGCACGACCCGGAGCAGCACGACCGAAAGCAGCAGCCCUUGGACGUGGACAUCCGCGAGUGGUCCCAGCAGUAUGGCAGAGAGCAGCACGACCCGGAGCAGCACGACAAAGAGCAGCAGCCCUUGGACGUUGACAUCCGCGAGCG